AUGGAUUGCAACCAGAUUAUUGGUUUGUCUUGCUUCAUAUUUGUUAUUGUUAUGUAUCCCUUACAUUCCUUCAUGAGAUAAUAAUAAUAAUAAUAAUAAUAAUAAUAAUAAUAAUAAUAAUAAUAAUAAUAAUAAUAUUAAUAUUAUGGAUGAUGUAAGUUUACAUUCAUUAACCAAAUUUCCUCCCCUCUUUGUUUGGUAUGAAAAUGCUUAAAAGGUGAUGGAAAUGGUCAAUAUGCAAGCUACAGUUGGAAAAGGUCACACAAAGUCGUUCUUGAACUUCUUUAUCUUACACUGAUCUCUUACAUCACAAUAAACAUUUUGCCCAUUAAAAGGCGCUACAACCAGUCUCUAGAACGUCUGAGAUGUUGUGCUUGACUAAUGGCCCUCUUUUCCUCUAACACUUGCAAUGACAACUUUGAAUCUCUCUGAGGUAGUUUUUUUAACCAAUGUCACAACCAUUUGGAAACUGGUUGUACUUGGGCUCCUUUUAAAUAAGGCUAAGCUACACUACCUCUUAGUGUAUGAGAAACAGUUAGUGGGAAAAUGCAUAUAAAAGUCAGCCAGUUGCAUUUUGAUUGAAAAACUACACUUAGUGGCGGUUAAUUUUUGUGGUAUCAAUUAUUUUUUUUGGUAUGUUAGUCAAUCUGGCUACUUCUUAAAGAUAAAUGUUAUCUUCUCAUUCACUAUGAUCGGUCAUUUUUUUUGUUUGCUUUUAGAUGUUGAUGGGCCUGGAACCAGUUACAUGGAGGCAAGUAUCUUGAUAGUUUCCCCAGAACUGUUACCUUCCCAAACACGUAAAUCUGAGCAAAGUAAAUUGGAAACCCUUAAAGAAAUGUUUCCAGGGGUAAAUGAUGUGGAUGUAGCAGAAAUUUUGAAGUCUUCAGCAAGCCUUGAAGAAGCAACAAGUCGAAUCCUGGAUUGCUCAUAUGCUGAAGACAUCUUGAAUGAAAGAGGUAUUUUACAAAAUUUCAUAUUUUCUACAAUAUUUCUUUACUGGGCAAGGGUGAUUAAAUGACCCCUCAGCAAAAGUAGUGGAAGCUCUGAGAACCCAAUGUUGACAAUGUCCCUGGAUUUGAGGUAUUACAAAUGCUGACAUUACUACAUGAUAUAUGUGCUGAUUAUUGAUAACACAUCUAGAGUACAUAGUAUUGUAGAUAUUUUGUUUUGUGGCAGAUGCUGUUUUUGAAUACCCCCUGUAAAUACUAAGUAGAGAAUACUUGAAGCAAACAUUGUAGUUGCAAAGUGCCUGUGAGUUGUUGUUUUGGAAUGCAAUGUUUACCUCAAUCUUUUAGAUACUUUUUGAGAAAAUGAGGGUGAUGCCUUUCCACUCAGCAUUGUUAAGAAGGACCCUAUAACUGCAAUGGACCCAUUCAGAAGGAAAAUCCUGAAACCAGAACAAAUUAUCUGCGUGCAACAGCAGUCUCCCCUGUUAGUGAGAGAAUUAUUUAUUUAAGAUGAUGAAGAGAGGGUAGAUAGACAUUAGAAGAGAAUUGGAUAUUGAUUUUGUUGAUGAGGAUCGAAUAGAUGCCAAGGGUUUGACGAGAGAGUAUCUCAACCUUGUUCUUCAAGGAGAGUAUCUCAACCUUGUUCUUCAAGGCAUAACAGAUGGCACAGGCAGUUAUAUUUUAUUCGAAGGUAGGGAAAUUUUAGGGAACUGAACACCUUUAGAAUGUAGGCAUGUACAUGUAUUUAGUUACUGGCAUUCUAUCGUGAAUGGUAAAUUCCAAUGUUAUGGUGCCACUGGGACUGGGUAAAAACAAUAAAUGCAUUCGUGAUAGACAUUGAAAAAAGAUAUAUCAAAACCUAUUUGCAUCAGACAAAUGGAAGUUAAUUGUCUGUCAAUAUAACUUACUAUAAGAAGUAAACCUAACGGAAAUGUGUAAACGAUAGUAAAGAUAGAAGAGUAUGGGCUUUUAUCCCAAAUCAUUUGAUUCAUCCCAUAUAUACAUAUUAUACAUUACCACUUAUACAAGUACAAGUAUUCUGCAACCAACAAUUAAAAAACUUAGAUGUUUUAAAAUCAGUGUGCUCAGCCCUACAAUGUAAACUGUAGUCCAAGAAUGUUUUUUCCUGCCUAAUCAAUAAUCAUACUGCAAUUCUCCACCUGACAUUCACUAUUCAAUUACAAUAAGGUCUAAUAUCCUGUUGACCUUAUGCACAUAAGGUGCACAGUAUAGUAGUAUUUGUACAGCUUACAGGAAUUAUUGUAGAAAUAAUAAUCUGAAUUUCCCAAAUUAUUGAGACCAAGACUAAGUAAGUACCAUAAAUUUUAUUAAUAGGAGACAGAGAUCACCUGCUGCCAGUUAACUAAGAGGAAUACUUGCAGAGUGGCUAUUUCUCCUGCUUUGACAGUUGUUCAAGGAGGAAGUGGAUUGGUGGGAUUGUCCAGAGCUUUCUCUCCUUAUUUGGUCACUAGGGAUAUAACAUCUUCUUUGACCAUUUCUGAUAUACCUGACUUGACUGUUCAAAUGUGUUUACAGGAGGUAAAG